GCCUGCUUUGGUCUGGCCUUGUCUUGUCUCGUGCGCGCGCAGUCAAGUCCAGAUCCGAGUGUCGAGGCGCAGAGGUGGACUCGCUCGACUCAUUCGAGGCAUCUCUGUAGAUGGUGACGGCAGGCAACAAGACAGCACCCGCAGCUCAGAUUGCCCAACAAACAUCAGUCACACCGCCCUCCUACAGCGCACAGCCAGCUCAAGGCGAAGAGACGCUAGCACCUUUUGACCAAGCCAUGUCGCAGAUGACGUCUAUCGUUCAGAAUGUACCACAAUACCUACAGGAUGUUCGGAACUUUCAGCAAACCAGACUGUCCGCGCUCAAACCGAUCAAUGAGUUCUUUGACCAUCAGAGACUCAGCCGGCCACGCGACCUCAACGAAGCCACAACGCGCAUCUCUCAUAACACCCGCUACUUCUCGGGCAACUAUUCUAUCGUCAUCGCCGGCUUGGCCGUCUAUGCCAUCGUGACGAACCCGAUGCUGUUGCUAGCCUUCUUCUUCCUCGUCGGCGGCUUUGCAGCAAUCAAUAAAUUUGCACCCGAGCCUGACGAGGCCGGUCAACAAGUCGUUACCCAGAAGACUCUAUAUACGGGCCUGUUUGUCAUUGGCAUCCCACUCUUAUGGAUCGCCCGACCCGUGAGCACAGUAUUCUGGAUUGUUGGUGCAUCUGCCGUCCUCAUCCUCGGCCACGCCUCUGUACUCGAGCCCAGCGUAGAAAGCGAGUACAAUUCGGUAGAGCAGGUAUGCAUUACGGAUCGUCACAUAAUCUACCAGUAUCGUACGGCGAGCCCGCAAGACGAACAUUUUUUUUUUCAUCUGAUGCGAAUCUAG